AUGGUAAGAUCAAUGAUGAGUUAUUCCUCAUUGCCUAUAUCCUUUUUGGGAUAUGCACUACAAACAACCAUUUAUAUCUUGAAUUUGAAUGGGUGCAAGCCCAAUUUACACCACAUUCGGAUAUGGAGAUGUCUAGCACAUGUGCUAAAGGGAAAGACGGAUAAGAUGGAAUCAAGAUCAGAUGUUUGUUUCUUUGUAGGAUAUCCAAAGAGAACAAGAGGUUACUGCUUCUAUAAUCCUCUUGAUAAGAAGGUAUUUGUUAGCACAAAUGCAACCUUCUUAGAGGAUAAGUAUAUAGAAGAACACAAGUCUACUACUAAGAUUCUAUUGGAAGAGACGUUAGAACAUGGUUCAAACAACUCAGUUCCAGAUUUCCGCAUAGAAUCUAAUAGUGAUGACUUGGAACCUCCUACUGAACCAAUGGUUGCUGAUGAAGCAAGUGAGCAAGUGAUGCCCACAGGGCCUCAUAGGCAAAUAGAACCAGAGGAUCAAACAGUGGGAAGAGAGGAAGGACCUUUGGUCAGACUGGACAAUCAGGCACCUUCAACCAUUACUCGUAGUGGGAGGGUUGUGAGACCACCUUCUAGGUACUUGCUCUAUGGAGAAUCCUAUUAG